AUGUUUCCCUAUCCUACGCCAGCACCCGACAUUAACAACCAAUUCCAAUCCCAGGGCACUCCCUACAACAAGCCGGUGGCCAACUUUACCUGGGCUAUGCCAGGAGGUCUCAACGCCAUCAAUACCAACAACCUCUCACAGUAUGGAUACACUUCAGAAUCGCCUCUGGUCAUGAGUGCCUCGUCCAAUGGCUUCCCAAGCUCAGACUUCGUCCUUCUAAGUCGAUCCAACUUCAACCCCCAACUCAACUUCCCAACAGCCACUGAGUGGGCAUGGCCAAAUACGCAAUAUGUGUCAUCUUCGCAAUUUCUUGUUCCAACAGGUACUCCCCAAGCUAGGGAAGUUCUGGCCAAGUUACGGACUUGCAUUCACCUGUUUCUCAGUACCAGGCUGAUACUGCGAAACGUUCGCCAGAAGAACCGGCGACACAGCGCUUCGGAUUGCCCCCCAUGGGCUACUGGUCCUAAAAUCGUCGGCUAUGCAGGUCCGACUCUAAAUACAUCUUGUUCAGACACUGCCGUCUUGGGUAGCCUAUCAAAUGAACACCAAGCCAACUUGUUCAACUACCCCGACUAUAACUACACUAACGCGGACAAUCCCUUGGGCAUACUAAGUAGUAGCGGCAAUCUACUGCUGCCGCCGCAAGAACGUAUACCUCGGAAGGUAACAGAACUUCAUGAGGAAGAUGGGGUCCCUCCUGUGGCGCGGGGGCUUCCCGAUUUGACGGUUAAACUCAAUGCAUCUGGGAAUGCUAAGGCCCGAACUCAGCGAAAAGCCUCCAACUCCAAGCAGUCUAAAAAACGUCCACUUGAAUGCGUGGACGUUGAAGGAUCUUCAGACGACGACACCGACGAGGGGCUCAAGGACAAGAAGCGGCCCAGGGGAUCUUCGACUGCACCACGUUUUGCAUGCCCUUUCUUCAAGCACGACCCAGUCAAAUUUGGAACUUCAAGAAGCUGUGUCGGUCCUGGGUGGAAGUCAGUCCACAGAGUCAAGGAGCACGUGUUUCGGAACCACAAGCUUCCUGAGCAUCAAUGCCUUCGCUGUUUCAAGGCAUUUGGGUCCGCCAAUGCCCUUUCCGAUCAUUCGAGGUCGUUUGAUCAAUGCCAAGUCCAGAGCGGCACUGUUCAAGAAGAAGGUAUCAACGCAAGUCAGGAGAAGCUGUUGCACGUCAGGGCCAAGAAAAACAGUGCCGCUUCUCAUCUUAAAAAGGUCGAGGAGGAAAGAUGGAGUGAGAUGUACAAAAUCAUCUUUCCAAAUGAGGAGCAGCCCUCCUCGCCGUACUACACUCGCACUCAGCUAACGAUUGAUGAAUUCGGAAGAAACAUUAUGGAUGAUUUCGAACAACGUCUAUCAGCUAGAGCGGGCUGCUUAGGAAUACAGCCGUCUCUUCUGGCUAGGCUCCUUACAAUGACUCGCAGUGUGCUCCAGGAGAGUGUGCAGUCUUGUCAACAGGGCGAUGAAAAUUCCGGCAGUCAGUGCUCUCAGUUGACAGCUGCCCAACCCCAGCUCUCACAGCCGAGUCUAUUCGUAGGAUCGCAGUUGCCAGGUAUUAGCAACGACAUGUUGGAAUUUAACGAGCAGUCAGUGGCACAGAUUUUCUCUGAUCCCAUGUUUGGUAUUAGCCAGGCAGGUUUCUGGAAUACUUUAUGA